UUCAAGAGGUAUUUGAAGAAGAAGGUGACCACUGAGCAAGAGGCGGAGCAAAUGGCCAGAGCAUAUCUGUUGUACUUGUUUGGCGCCUUUCUAUAUUCAAGCAGGCAUUGCAGGGUACAACUAUCGUACUUGCCAGCUUUGAGAGACCUGAGGACAGCUUCACGCUUCGACUGGGGUGGAGCAGUGCUUGGCACAGUCUAUGCUUUCAUGGGAGAUGCGUCAAGAAUAGAGCAAGUGGUAGCUGGGUACUAGAGGAUAUGGGAGGUAUGAUUUCACUUUUACAAAUUUUCAAUUUAUAAUUAUAGCAUAUCCCUUGACUGUAUAGCUUGCUUGACUAUGUAAUUGACUGAUACCUUGAUUGUUUGAAAUUGUGCAACUCUGGGCAUACGAGGUUUUGAACAUGUGCCGUCCAGCGACCAAAUGUCAAGACUUGAGAAUCCUCCCACGCGCACAUGUCUGGAGCAAAAAGAACAUGGGGGAGAAGAAAGGGAGAGGAGACCUAGACGACUUCCGUAUAUAUCUAGACGAGCUUCAUGCAUCGCAGGUCACAUGGAAUCCCUGGGAAGGAAUAGAGCCAGAGCCAACGUACUUGGCCAGGAGAGGCUAAUUAUGUGCUAGCAGCCGCGGUAAGACAGAGGAUGCAAGCGUUAUCCGGAAUGAUUGGGCAUAAAUCGUCUGUAGGUGGCUUUUUAAGUCUGCCUCAGGGCUGUCACAGCAAGCUGGGUGCUACAGGAGUCGGCUUUCGAUUGGCAGUGGUACUUAGGUGAUCGAGCGACAGUCACUUGAUUUGAUUGAGUUCCAGGUGCCAGGGCUACUUUCACCCCGUGCUUCACACACACUGGAGAGUAUACACUGACGGAGUUGGAGGAGUUCACACAGCCUGACACUGACUUGGCAUGCUACCUGCGACCUAAGCGUGACUACGCCACUUACCAAAGAGAGCACUUGGCGGGUCCACUCAGAGUUCGAGAUUUCAGGGAUGUUCGGAGUCAGGCACGGGGAGUUGCUGAGGAGAGGAGAGCUUCCAUGGAGAGGCAUAGAGGAGGUGAAGGCCGUGUCCGACGGGGUCUGAGUGGUCCAGUGGUAGGCGGGCCACCAAAAAUGUCAUGGAAGAUAGUGGUGGUGGACACGCAGGGCAACCCAGCAGAGAUACGCCUGGUACCUGCCAGAGUAGAGCUUGCACCAGUGACUAACCCGGUGCCAAUUGAGUGGGUGAAUGAGGUCAUCCGUCGCAUGCUUGCGAUGGAGAACGUGAUCAGAAGAGCAGUGAGUGGCAUGCCACUUGAGUUGCACUACCCAACACCGACUCCAUCACCAGUUCAGCCAGCCGUUGUUCAAAGGUCUCAGGCACAGGGUAAGGCGUCUCCUAGAAGGAAAAGCGCCAAAGAUCCUCCACAGAAGAAGAUGACAGCAAGGACCCUUACACCUCCAAUCACAACUUGGCAAAAAAUACGCAGUGCACAGCAGGCAGCCGGGAACCUACAGGCAGCCAAGGAGGCCGUGGCACGCGUAGAGGAGCGGUACAAACUAAAGAUGCGCGAGAGGCCAUCCCAAUCAGAGGAAAAGGAUAGAAUCUGA